AUGGCAUCGUGGAGCCCUGAAGAAAACAUCGUAGGGCAGCUGGCUACAAUCCUCUCACAGGCUGCUUCGCCAUCGCGUGCUGCGCGAGACCAGGCAAAAAUAGCCAUGGAGGAGGCUAGUAGCCACCCCGAUAUCAACAACUACCUCGUAUACCUGUUAGUUACCAAGGAGGCCCAGGUCCCCACAAAUAUUCGAGCCACGGCCGGCUUGGUGUUAAAAAACACACUGAGAAACAGCAUCGACCGACUAGGCUACGUGAAAGAGGAAAUCGUCAAGGGGCUUGUCGACCCAGACCAUAUGAUCCGGAACGUCGCCUCGAUCGUGGUUACGUCCGUUCUCUCGCUCGUCAAGAUUGGCGGGUGGCCAGAGAUCCUCGGCCAGCUCCUCCAGCUCAUUGAGUCGUCCUCCAUCGAUGCGCAGGAAGGUGCCAUUUAUGCACUGGCCCGUAUCUGCGAGGAUAGCGCGGCUGAGCUCGAUACCGACCACACUGGCAGAGGCGACCGCCCCACCAACACUUUGAUCCCUACCUUGAUCACUGUUUGCUCGUCACAAUCACCAAAGAUACGUGGACAGGCUAUUUUCUGUUUAAUCCAAUUUAUACCGCUGCAGAGCCAGGCCUUCUUGGCUCAUAUCGACGAGUUCAUGCAGGCCCUGUUUACUCUGGCCAACGAUUCCGAUUCCAAAAUCCGCAGCAACAUUGCCCGCGCUUUCAAGGCUCUCUUCGAAGUUCGUGCUGAUAAGAUUAUUCCUCACAUGGACGGUGUGGUGAGCUUUUGUCUGCACUGUAUCAAGGACGACGACGACGAAGUUGCUUUGGAGGGAGCUGAGUUCAUUCUGACCAUGGCAGACAGCCCUCUCGAGCCUGAGCUUGUUCGCCAUCAUUUGCCUAAUAUCAUCCCCGUCAUUCUUAGCACGAUGGUCUACUCCGACAUGGAUAUCAUGCUUCUCGACAGUCUUGAUGAAGACAACGAGAACGUCGCUGACCGGGCUGAGGACAUCAAGCCUGUCCACAUAAAACAAAAAGAAGGUCACCAGGCAAAGUCAAAGAGAGGUGGUGAUGAGGACGACGAGGACGACGAGGACAAUGAAGAUCCAGAGGAUAUUCUCAGCACGUGGAAUUUGCGCAAGUGCUCGGCGGCGGCUUUGGACACGUUUGCUGGCAAGUAUGCCACGCUGGUCUUGCAAAUUGCCCAGCCACAUCUGCUUGAGCGAGUAAACUCAAGUGAGUGGCAAAUCCGCGAGUCUGGUGUACUUGCAUUCGGUGCUAUUGCCCAGGGCUGCCAAGUUCAAGGCGAGGCCAUGUUCGUCCCCGAGCUCGUUCCCUUCUUGAUCAAAAUGCUCUCUGACGAGCAUGCUCCCAUUCGUGAAAUGGCCUGUUGGACGCUCAGUCGCUAUGUUGAACCUGUUUGCGAAAGCCAAGAACUCUUCAAUCCAGUUUUCCACGGUGUGCUUGCUUGCUCAUUGGAUCGAAACAAAAAGGUGCAGGAGGCUGGCUGCAAUGCUCUUUCUGUUAUUGCAGAGUAUGCUGGUAGCAUGUUACUUCCAUAUGCAAAGCCUCUUUGCUACCAUUUCCAACAGUGCUUCCAAAAGUACCAGCUGCGAUCGAUGCUGACGCUGUACGAGUGUAUACAGUCAGUUGUCAUUGCCAUUUCACCUGCAAUGACAGACCCAGAAAUCCUGGAGAUUUUGAUGGCUCCUAUCGUCAGUCGCUGGCAAACCCAUGACGAUACCGACAUCGAGCUGCUUCCCCUGCUUUCGUGUAUUGCUGCCGUUGCGGCCAAUGCUCGCGAGAGCUUCGCUCCUUAUGCAUCAGUUGUGUUUGAGCGCAGUGCUAAAAUUGUCCACCAGAUUUUCGUCAUGGAGGAACGAUUCAAACAGGACCCUGUCAACUGUGAAGCACCAGAGCUGGACUUUGCUGUGUGCGGUAUCGAUGUUGUUGAUGGUCUUGUUCAGGGUCUGCAAAGUAAAGUGGUUCCUCUGCUCAACACAUGCCAAAAUCCUUCAUUCAUGGAUCUCGUAAUGGCAAGUUUGCAGUGCGACAUGAUGGAGGUUAGACAGUCUGGAUAUGCACUCAUAGGUGACAUGGCCAUUUACUGCGUGGACGAACUCCGACCCCACUUGGCCAAGCUGGUACCUGAGGCCAUCAGUCAAAUCGAAGUCUCAGAGCAGAUUGCCGACGCAGUUUGCAACAAUUCCAUGUGGGCUCUUGGUGAGCUUUCACUACAAGUUGGCCGCGACUUGGUUCCGUACUUUACCGAUUUGUUCCAAAGACUCGGUACUGUGUUGAUGAACCAGUCGGCGGCAUAUACCCUGAUGGAGAACGCUGCCAUCACUAUUGGCCGCAUGGGCAUCUCUAUGAGCGCAGAGAUUGCCCCCCAUUUGGGUAUUUUUAUUGAAAACUGGCUCAUGGUCAUGACAGAUGUGGAAGAAACCAACGAAAAAGAUACAGCGUUCCAGGGGUUGUGUAUCGUAAUUGGAUCCAACCCGGGAGCUCUGUCGGGUCAAGAACAGCUAGGUCGCCUUUUAAGAUCAUUCGCAUACUACUAUACCCCCAGUCCUGAUCUUAAAAAGCUCAUUUCUGAGGUUAUCAACGGUUAUCGCGCCCAUGUGUCAAACUUCGACGAGGUUUUGAAACUCCUAGGCCAGGACAUUGUAUAUCAGCUGCAAUCUGAAUAUGGCAUUUGA